GUUCAGCACAACGCUACGAUUACAAUGAGUGAUAAAUGGAACUAUCAUCCCAAUCGAGGUCCUCAUCCGGAACCUGCUUACAAUGAAUGGGCGUACAACGGCUAUCCACAACAUCAGCGUCCUCCUCCCGAUUACUACGGCCAACCAAAUUUUGCCGUACCUCCACAAUACCCAUGUCCUCCAUCAGGUUUACCACCACAGCGUUUACCCACAUUUCCUCUCAAUCCAAACGCAGCGACAUUUGUACCGAGAAAUUACCAACGACCGAAUCAGACAGGGCCUGCAAUGGCAUACUUCCCCGGUGAUGAUGUUGAAGUUCGCGCCUAUGAAGCUAUGUACAAUAAUCAGUAUGGAAAUGGAGCUGUUAUGGACGAGUAUAUUCCAUCGCAAGAAUUACAUCAUGACAUGAUACAUAGUGACAAUCUCGUGUCCCUUCAAGAAAUUCAAGUCGGGCUCGAACAGCUCCUGAGUGAUGCGGAUGACUUUGAUUCCUGGUCUGGAGCAAUCCGUGAUAGGAUGACUGAAAAGCGAAUGUCGCCGCCGACAAGAGCGGUUGCCGUGCAUAUGAUUUUUGAGAUGGGCAUCGCGGUUUCUUCUCGACCUCUAUCUGGUAAUAGCCCUCAGCAUACGCUUGCUCGAUUAGUGAGCUUCCUUUGUGCAGAGAUUCCAUCAUUGUUACGUGAUACCGUUUUGAAACUGCUAUGUGAUUUCCAUUCAAAACAUCAGUCUCUUCACAAUGAGCAGAAGAUUAAUCUGUGCGUCUUCUUUGCUGAAGUCUAUGAGAAACUCGAAACGGACAAUGGCACCAGAAUUGAAAAAGUUGGAGAAGCCCUGUUGGAGCAACUGGAUGACCUGCUCAAACUUGAAAUGCAUGACCAGCUGAUGAAGACCAUCAUACAACUUGUCAAGUUAUGUGGACGUCACUUGGAUUCUUCGCCUGUUACCGAACCUCUUGUUAACCAGCUGCUCACUAAAUUGCUUGCAUUUGCAAAAGGCCACCCACAACUUAGCGAGUCUGUGAAAACUCAAAUCAACUGCGUAGUUGAUUUGAGGAAGAGUGGAUGGGGUAUCUCUUCACGAGGUGGCGGUGCAGCAUCCGACACGGCUACAUCUUCUUCAAAUCAUUCCGUUCCAUCUAGCGGCGUAAUUGUUGGCGACGAUGGCGCUGCGCUAGAUCUCAAUGAUGAGGAGAGGUGUUUCCUUGAGUCACAGUUCAAUGCUAUGGAUGGUUCAGAAGAACAUGAUCAAUCAUUUGAUGAACAAGAAGUAAUGAAAGAUUACGGUGUUUUCGUUAGGGAGGAGGAAGACCGAGAAAAAGAGCGUAAAUGUGCUUCAAUGUUAGAAAAGCUGAAAGUGUGCGAGUCAGAGCCAGACAAGAAGGCUGAAACUUCUGACACCACUACCUCCCCAUCUUGUCCAUAAUAGUCAUUAGUGUGAUUGUUCUCUAAUGUUUCCAAAAAAAAGAAACUAUCUUGUUCUAUGUGAAAUGCAAAUUCUACAUCUUUUAUAGUAACCCAGCUCUGUGUAUUUACGACACCCACAUCGCUCGAUGCAUAUGGACGUGUAAACUAAUGAUCUUGAGGUCGUCGUGAUUAUAUCUACCAUUGAUAGUGGCAUUAACGUCACCUC